AUGAGAACUUUCGUUAGUAUUAUUGGUAUUGUGGUAUUGGCAAUUAUUGCCAAUGCGGCACCUCUCACGGCAGAGCGCCAGGCUCAGCAUGAAUCUCGUCGCCUUGCCCGUUUUAAAAGCCGCCCAAGUAAUCCGCCUUACAAACCCGGAACCAACGACAUCCUUCGUCUCAACAAAACAUCAAAAAAUGAGUAUAGCUCGAACUGGGCCGGUGCCGUUCUUAUCGGCACCGACUACACUGUUGUGACAGCAGAGUUUACCGUUCCAACCCCGCGGGUUCCUAGCGGGGGAGUUGGAAAUAAACAAUACUGCGCUUCUGCAUGGGUUGGUAUUGAUGGAGACACCUGUGGUACCGCGAUUCUGCAGACUGGGAUUGAUUUCUGCAUUCAGGGCAGCUCGGCAUCCUAUUCUGCGUGGUACGAGUGGUAUCCGGAUUAUGCAUAUGACUUCAAUGAUAUCAGUAUUUCGGCUGGUGAUCUUAUUAGAGUGACUGUGGAUGCUACCUCAAAGACGUCCGGCACUGCCACGGUUGAUAACAUUUCGACCGGUAGAUCCGUGACUCAUGCAUUUAACAGUGGUAUCCAGGGUGAUCUUUGCGAAUAUAACGCGGAGUGGAUUGUGGAGGACUUUGAGUCUAAUAACUCCCUGGUUCCAUUGGCAAAUUUUGGAUCUGUCACUUUCUACAAUUCCGACGCAAUCUCCAGGAAAUCAAUUGUUGGGCCCUCAGGCGCAACACUCAUCGAUAUUAAGCAAGACAAUAAAAUUCUGACGUCAAGUUCUAUCGACGGCAACAGUGUUACGGUGAAAUAUGUUGCGUGA